AUGCCCAAGCCCAGAACCAAGAGGCCCCACCUGUGGGCCCUGGAGCUGUAGGCCUCGCUCACUGCCCUGCAUUUCAACCUCCAGGGGCUGUGUGGUCUGGUGCCCCAAGGUGCACUGCCUGAGAGGUGCCCUAUUGUGACCUAUAGCACUGGCAGCAGACAUACUUGGGUGCACUGGCAGGUAGAGGUGGGCGCACAGAGGCCCACGGACUUCACUUGAGCAUUGGCCCUGCUGCAGCUGAGCACAGCCCUGGAGCACCUGGAGGCCUGCGCAUCCCUAGUGAAGUUGUGGCCGGAAAACCUGUCCGCACUGCAGGUGCUGCUCUGGGGACCCGAGCCAGAGCUGCAUAGCCGCAGAGCACCGCUGGGUCCUGGCUGA